CCAAGAGAGUUUUGGUGGUAAGGUGGCACCAUAAGCAGCUCCCAUUUACUAUCUCCAGGAAAAAGCCCUGAUGUCACUGGCUCCUUCCCUUACCCCCUCCCUGCCAAUUCAACAUUCGUUGAAUGCCUGUUAGGCAUCAGCCAUUGUGCCCGUGUUUACCUGAGUAUUAUUAUUAUUAUUACCUCAUUUAGUAGAUGAGAAAAUGGCAGCUUAGCACUGUAGGCACCAUAGCUGGAAUAAGAUCACUCAGGUAUUAAAUGAGGGUGCUGGAUUUUGAAUCCAGGCAAUUUGACUACAGAUUUUAACCACUAUGUGUACAGUUCUGGAGAUGGAUGUUGAGAUCAUAUCACUUAUGUUCCAGUUGCUUGUGGGGCCUCAGGAAUUGCUAGCAGCUAAGGAGGGUCUCCCCUUUGCCUGUCUCAUAUUUUACCCUGAGGAACUCAGACGGGGUAAACUCAGAGAGGAAUGUAGACAGGUCCUAGUAUCAGCAAAGAUCCUCAGAGCUUUCUAAGAGGUACAGGGGGGCCACUGAGGGGGGCUGAUGGUCCCCCACACUUCCCUUUCUCAACCCAGGUGGGAUUUGCAUUUGAACACCCUGUGCUGUCUUCUCUGGACACCUCCCCCACAGCGAGGGAAACACCUGUAUAGGUGAUUGCCCCUUGAGACUUAGCUGUUUCCUUUUCUCCGAGAACUCAGAACAUCCUUGUUCGGACAACUUCUUAGACUCUUGGGGGGCGGCACCCUCCCACCUGAGCUUUCUAGCGUGAGCUCCCAUUCUCUGGUUUUCCUCAUGAUGAACAGGUUCUCUUUGUCCACAGACCUCUCAGACACUUGACUCAUCCUCUCACUGAAAUUCCCACUUUUAGUCUCAGCCUCCCUUCCUUUCCCAUUUCAAAUGGUAUCAAUUUCCCUGAUAUUCUUUGUGGCCUGUCUGUACCUUAUUUUUAUUUGGGCUUUUUUAUUGUUCUUUGUUGACAUUUUCCUCCAAACUCCCCUGCAUGCCCCUCUUAACACCCACUGUGUUGUUGUUGUUGGAUGCCUUCGAGUCAAUUCUGACUCAUAGCGAGUCCGUGUGACAGAGUAGAACUGCCCCAUAGGGUUUUCUAGGCUAUAAUCAUUUGGGAACAGAUCACCAGGUCUUUCUCCCAUGGAGCCGCUGGGUGGAUUUGAACCGCCAACUUGUUGGUCGGCAGCUGAGCACUUAACGGUUUCACCACCAGGGCUCCUAUUAAUGACCACUACCAUUACCAUUCAGUACAUAGGGUCAGUGUGAGCCACAAUUUACCCAAUGGCAAUGAGGGGGAAGGGCUACCAUUCGGUAUUACCUGUAAGUGUCUUCUGUUGUAGUUUCUUUCACAGCUAGCUGCUCUGCCUUCUUCUUAUUCUAAUGAUAUUUUCUUACCACCUUUUACUUAAAAAAACUUUUAUUAUCGUGAAAUAUGUAUAAAAAAGGGAGUCCCUAGAAGGCACAAAUAGUUAAUGAGCUCUCCUGUGAGCUCUGCUGCUAGCUCAGCUGCUAACCAAAAGGCUGGUGGUGUGACUCUACCCACAGGUACUUUGGAAGAAAAAGGACUGGUGAUCUGCUUCUGAAAAACACUAGCCACUGAAAACCCUAUAGAGCACAGUUCUGCUAUGACUCUUAUGGGGUUGCCAUGAGUUGAAGUUGAUUCGCUGGCAACUGUUUUUUUAAUAUAUAUAUUUGCAUAUACAUAUGUGUGCGUAUAUAUAAAAUAAAACAUUUUCCAUGUAUAAUCCAGUGACAUUAAUUGCGUUCACCAUGUUGUGCAACCUUCACCAUUAUCUGUUUCUAAAAUUUUCAUCACCCUUAACAGAAACUCAGUACAUCUUAAGCAAUACUUCCCCAUUUUCCCUCCCGCUCACCCCUAAAACCAAAAAAAAAAAAAAAAAAGCCAAGCCCAUUGCUGUUGAGUGGAUUCUGUCUCACAAGAGAGUAGAACGACCCCAUAGAGUUUCCAAAGCUGAAAAUCUUUAUGGAAGCAGACUGCCACACUGCCACAUCUUUCUCCCUCAGACCAUCUCAUGGUUUUGAACCACUGGCCUUUUGGUUAACAGCCAAGUGCUUUAACCACUGCACCACAAGACUUCUCCCUAGUAACCUCCUGCCCCUAGUAAUUACUAAUGGAUUUUGGUCUCUGUGCAUUUGCCUAUAUUUCAUCUAAGUGGGCUUGUGCAAUAUUUAUCCUUUUGUAUCUGACGUAUUUCACUCAGCGUAGUGUUUUCAAGGUUCAUCCAUGUCCUAGCAUAUGUCCAAACUUCAUUUUUCUUGAUGGCUGAAUAAUACUCCAUUGUAUGUACACACCACAUUUUAUUUAUCCUUUAAUCUGUUGGUGGACACAUGGGUUGUUUCUACCUUUUAGCUACUGUGAAUAAUGCUGCAGUGAACGUUGGUGUAUAAGUAUCUGUUUGGAUCUCUGCUUUUAGUUCUUUUGGAUAUAUACAUAGAAGGAGAAUUGCUGUGUCAUAUGGUAGUUCUGGAAACGCUGGUGGCAUAGUGGUUAGGUGCUACGGCUGCUAACCAAAAGGUCGGUCGUUCGAAUCCACCAGGUCCUCCAUGGAAACUCUAUGGGGCAGUUCUACUCCGUCCUAGAGGGUUGCUAUGGUAAUCCUAUCUUUAACUUUUCGAGGAACAGCCAUAGUUUUCCACAGUGGCUGUACCAUUUUGCAUUCCCACCAGCAAUGGAUGAGCGCUCCAAUUUCUCCACAUCCUGGCCAGCACUUGUUAAUUUCCACUUUUCUGGUAAUAGCCACCCUAGUGGGGGUGAAGCAGUAUCUCAUUGGGGUUUUGAUUUGCAUUUCCCUAAUGACAUCUUCCAUUUGCUUAUUUUGUAUAUGUUCUUUGGAGAAAUGUCUUUUCAAGUCCUUUGCCUAUAUUUUGAUUGGAUUGUUUGUCUUUUUGUUGAGUUGUGAGAGUCCUUUAUAUAAUUUGGAUAUUAAAUCUUUAUCAGAUAUGUGAUUCUCAAAUAUUUUGUCCCUUUCUGUAGGUUGUCUCUUCGCUUUGAUGAUAAAGUCCUUUGAUGCACAAAAGUUUUUAAUUUUGGUGAAGUCUAAUAUAUCAAUUUUGUCUUUUGUUGCUCCUGAUGUCUUUAUUCACCUAAAACAAUAUCUGGGUUUGUCUUCUGCCCAGCAUACUGCUACCAUCAUGUCCUGGAAUGAGAGGUCACAUGGAUAGGAGGUGAACCACUGAAUAAUAAUAAUAAUAAUAAUAAUAAAAAGUACUAUAUUAGUUCCCUAUAGCUGCCAUAAAAAAGUACCACGAAUUGGAUGCCUUAAAACAGCAGAAACUUAAUCUCUCAUAGAUCUGGAGUCUGGAAGCUUGAAUUCAGGGUGUCUGCAGGGCCGUGCUUCCCCUGAAGCUCUGGUGGAGAAUCCUUCCUUGCUUCCUCCAGCUUCUGGUAGCCACAAACGUUCCUUGGCUUGUGGCAGCAUCACUUUCGUCUCGGCUUGUCUUCACAUGACAUUGUUCCUGUCUCUGGUCUCUUCUCUUUUCAUAAGGAUAUCACUCAGAUUGGAUUAGGACCACCCCCGCCCACGUCAGUAUGACCUCGUAUUAACUAAUUGUAAAGACCCUAUUUCCAAAUAAGGUCACGUUCACAGUUACCAGUGGUUAGGACUUGAACAUGCCUUUUGGGGGACUCAAAACAACUCAUAAGAAGUACCUCACACUUAUGUGGUAUUUACUGUACGCCAGACACAAUUCUCAGCCCUUUAUGUAUGUUAUCUCAGUUAAUCUUUGUAACAGCCUAUGAGUUGAUUGGUGGUAUUGUCCCUGUUUUACAAAUGAGGAAAUGGGAGGUGGAGGUGGGCACAGAGAGGCCAAAUAUCUUGCUCAGGGUCACUCAUAUGGUGAAUGAUGGAGUCAGAAUUCAGACCUAAGCAGUCUGCCUGAGAGGUAUGUUCUUCACUGUCAUGCUCAACUGCCUUUCUAAAGUUCAUGGUUGACAAGCAAAAAGGUAUGAAGUCACUUCCAAUCACUCAGUCAGAUACACACGCCUUCACUCUCCCACUCUUUCUCCCUCUUCCCCUGUAAAGAGAAGCUGUCAUUUUCUGUAUAUGGGGAGAGUGACCUCCCAAGGUCUUCCUUAUUUCUAUCUAGUUUCCUGUCGUUCUGCGUCUCUCUAUUUCAUUGCCAUUUCUCAGUUCACAGCUAUCACCAGACUCUGGCAAUAAGGGAUUUCACUUUUUUGGCAGGGGAGUCUGAUCCAUAUCUGUAGUGCCUAGAUUGCAAGCUCAGGCUGUGAACUCUGUAAGCAACGCAAAUAUGGCCGUGCUGCUGCCCUUUCCUCAAAGAACUACAUAUCCCAGAGUGCAGCAGGGGGAGUUUAACUGACCUGGGUUUCAAGCAGCCUCGCUUGGUUUCUUUGCAGCCCCUCCCACUAAGGGGCAGCUGUGUGAAGGCUGUGACGGCUCCUGUAAAGAAGCAGUGCGGGGUCCAGCCCAUGCUGUCCUCAGAGAACCUGGGCGCCUGUGCUUCCACAACCCCUUAACCUACUCCCCUGCCAAAACGCACUCUAAUCUCUUUUAAAGCAUUGGAGUUUUAAAAAUUUGUUUUGCACCCCCCCCACCCCCACCUUAACUUGAUGCAGUAAGGAGCCCCGGUGGCACAGUGGUUAAGAGCAACAGCUGCUAACCAAAAGGCUGGCAGUUCCAAUCCACAAGCUGCUCCUUGGAAACGCUACAAAAAACCAAAACAAACAAACAAAAAAUUGCCAUCUAGUCCAUUCUGACUCAUAAAGACCCUAUAGGAUAGAAUAGAACCACCCCAUAGGUUUUCCAAGGCGCCAAAACACAAAAACCAAACCCACUGCCCUGGAGUCGAUUCCGACUCAUGGUGACCCUAUAGGACAGAGCAGAACUGCCCUGUAGAGUUUCCAAGGCGCACCUGGCGGAUUAGAACUGCCUACCUCUUGGUUAAGAGGUCAACCAUUACACCACCAGGGUUUCCUUCCAAGGAGCAGGAGUUGGGGGAUAGAUUGAGGAGGAAAGAAGUGAAGUGGUGGGAAAUUUGGUGGUGUGAUAUUUCGCAGAAAGGGAUUUGGAGUCAGUAAACACGGGUUUGAUCCAGUUCUGUUCUAAUAACUGUGUGACCUUGAGCAAGUUAUUUAAAUUCUCUGAACCACAGUUUCAUUAUCUUUAAAAUGGAGAAAAUAAUAUACAAUUUCUGUGAAUAUCAACUUAAUGGAUUUGAGAAGAUAGUCAUGUGCCACGUAACGUCUGCUUGGGCAACGUCCGAUCACACAUAUGUCUGUGGUCUCGUAAGGUUAUAAUAGAGUUCAGAAAUCCCCAUCGGAGAAUAGGACAUAGCGGAUGUAACUGGAUGUAGAAAAUGCAGUAGCUUCACACACGCAACACGUGUCUCUCAUGUCUCUUGUAUACAAAGCAAUUGUGCUGUCAGAUAUAACCUAUAACACAUACAUCUUGAUAGUCAUAAUAAAUGCCUAUGUUCCUGGCUUACGUAUGUACUGUAGUGUACUUUCUAUCACAAUUUCAGUGUGAACUUUCCCUACUUAAAAUAAGUUUAUUGUAUAACAGCAUAUGCUUCGACUUGUAGGCAGCAGUAUCCAGUGUUGUGUAUUGUACGUUUUUGAAUGUUGUAGUAUUUUCUGUCUGUUUAAUUUCCUUUUCAAAAUACUACUGUGAAAUGCAUCAUGGCUCCCAAAUGCAGCAAAACCAGUGCUAGUGAUAGCAGCAGCAAGAGGGAAAGGAGAAGUAUCCAUUUGGAAGUGAAACAAAAAGUUGUUAAAUAACAGGAAAGUGGAAAAUCAGAAGAUGCUAUCGCUCGUGGUUUCGGCAUGUUUGCACGACAUCCGGAUCACAUAACAUUCUAUUUCACAGAAGUUAUAGGAGAUGUUAAGUGAUGCAGGACUGUACUUAGUAGUUAUGGGGCUCUGUACAUGUGUGGGAGCCCUGGUGGUGCAAGUGGUUCCGAAUUUGGCUGCUAACCAAAAGGUUGGCAGUUCGAAUCUACCAGCCACUCCUUGGAAAGCACAUGGGGCAGUUCUGCUCUGUCCUAUAGGGUCACCAUGAGUUGGAAUCGAAUGAGGACAACAGCACUGCCAGUAAUUCAAACCGCAGCACGCCGGCCUGCUCCCCCAUCCUCCGGAAGCGGUCUCGCUCACCAACCCCCCAGAACCCCGACGGAGACACCAUGGUGGAGAAGGGCUCAGAUCACUCCUCCGACAAGUCCCCAUCCACACCCGAGCAGGGUGUGCAGCGCAGCUGCUCCUCACAGUCCGGCCGAAGCAGUGGCAAGAAUUCCAAGAAAAGCCAGAGUUGGUAUAAUGUGUUAAGCCCCACUUACAAGCAGAGAAAUGAAGACUUCAGAAAACUCUUUAAGCAACUUCCAGACACAGAGCGCCUCAUCGUUGAUUACUCAUGUGCUCUCCAAAGAGACAUUCUUCUUCAGGGCCGACUCUACCUCUCUGAAAAUUGGAUCUGCUUCUACAGCAACAUCUUCCGCUGGGAAACUCUGCUGACAGUCCGUUUGAAAGACAUCUGCUCCAUGACUAAAGAAAAAACAGCUCGUCUCAUUCCCAAUGCCAUCCAAGUUUGCACUGACUCGGAAAAGCACUUUUUCACAUCAUUCGGGGCCCGAGAUAGGACAUACAUGAUGAUGUUCCGGCUCUGGCAGAAUGCUCUCCUUGAAAAGCCUCUAUGCCCCAAGGAGCUCUGGCACUUUGUUCACCAGUGCUACGGGAAUGAGUUGGGGCUGACCAGCGAUGACGAGGACUAUGUGCCCCCUGAUGACGACUUCAACACGAUGGGCUACUGUGAGGAGAUUCCCAUAGAAGAGAAUGAAGUGAAUGACAGCUCAUCUAAAAGCAGCAUAGAGACCAAGCCAGAUGCCAGUCCACAGCUGCCUAAGAAAUCCAUCACCAACAGCACACUGACUUCCACAGGGAGCAGCGAAGCUCCCGUCUCGUUUGAUGGUCUUCCCCUGGAGGAGGAGGUGCUGGAAGGCGAAGGGUCCCUGGAGAAAGAGCUCGCCAUUGACAACAUCAUAGGGGAGAAGAUUGAGAUCAUCGCGCCGGUGAACUCCCCUUCCUUGGACUUCAAUGACAAUGAGGACAUUCCUACGGAGCUCAGUGACUCUUCUGACACCCAUGACGAAGGAGAGGUCCAGGCCUUUUACGAGGACCUGAGUGGCCGGCAGUAUGUGAAUGAAGUCUUCAACUUCAGUGUGGACAAGCUCUAUGACCUCCUGUUCACUGACUCACCCUUCCAGAGGGACUUCAUGGAGCAACGGCGCUUCUCCGAUAUCAUCUUCCACCCAUGGAAAAAAGAGGAGAAUGGAAACCAGAGCCGAGUGAUUCUUUACACCAUCACCCUUACCAACCCGCUGGCUCCUAAAACCGCCACUGUCAGGGAGACACAGACCAUGUAUAAGGCCAGCCAGGAGAGCGAGUGCUACGUGAUUGACGCUGAAGUCCUCACCCACGACGUGCCAUACCACGACUAUUUCUACACAAUCAAUCGCUACACGCUCACCCGUGUGGCUCGGAACAAGAGUCGGCUCAGGGUCUCCACAGAGCUGCGCUAUCGAAAACAGCCCUGGGGGCUAGUGAAAACUUUCAUUGAGAAGAACUCCUGGAGUGGGCUCGAGGACUACUUCCGCCAUCUAGAGAGCGAGCUAACCAAAACGGAGAGCACCUACCUGGCUGAGAUGCACAGACAGUCUCCCAAGGAGAAGGCCAGCAAGCCGCCGGCGGUACGGAGGAGGAAACGUCCCCAUGCCCACCUGCGGGUACCCCACCUGGAAGAGGUGAUGAGCCCUGUCACCACCCCCACUGAUGAAGAGGUGGGCCACAGGAUCAAGCACGUGGCAGGUUCCACGCAGACACGGCACAUCCCUGAGGACACCCCCAGUGGUUUCCACCUGCAGAGUGUGUCCAAGCUGCUGCUGGUUAUCAGUUGUGUUCUGGUGCUGCUGGUGGUCCUUAACAUGAUGCUCUUCUACAAGCUCUGGAUGUUGGAAUAUACUACCCAGACCCUCACUGCCUGGCAGGGUCUCAGGCUCCAAGAAAGGUUACCCCAGUCCCAGACAGAAUGGGCCCAGCUCCUAGAGUCCCAACAAAAGUACCACGAUACUGAGCUCCAAAAAUGGAGGGAGAUCAUCAAGUCCUCGGUGAUGCUUCUUGACCAGAUGAAAGACUCACUCAUCAAUCUUCAGAAUGGCAUCAGGUCCCGAGACUACACAUCAGAAAGUGAAGAGAAGAGGAACCGCUAUCAUUGACAAGGCAGGAACAGGGGUGGCUGCAAGAGGCCUGUGCAAUACAUGUACAUAGACCAUAUACAUAUAUAUAUAUAUAAAUAUAUAUAUAUAUACAGAAUAUAAAUAGAUAUAUAUUAUAUACAGAUUUUAAAAAGAGAUGAUGCCUAUGUACCAGGGAGAAGGAGCUGGACCGCCUCCUAUACUGGCCGGAGAAAACGCUUUCCUUUGGUGGAGGGGCUGAGGAGGGCAGGGACCACCUCUCAGCACCGACCUCCCCUGGUCCUCCUCCUCCCUGCCCCCUGUCCCUCACCCUUUCCCUUGCUGGCCCUUUUUGGCUCUUACAAGGGAAAUGUUGUAGAGCCAAAGUUAUGCCUGUGAAGACCCUGGGGUCUUGAAAAGAAGUCUCAAGGGGGCAUUGCUAAGGUGCUUCAUUCCCUAAUCUCCUUUUGAUUUGUCUCCAAAAUAAAAGAUAAUCGUUUCUUCCCCACCCCAUGCUUCCCCAGGUGUUCUCUUGUGAACAUGGAAGCAUCAAGGGCAAAAGGAGCCCCAUCUAAACUCUACCACAGAAGGUUACCCACUUUCUACGGGCCAUAAACUAAGAGUCAGGCGGAGAGGACUGUUUGGGAAGCUAGGAAGGCUACAUUCAUGGGCCUGGGCUUUGUCUCCGCAGGCUCUUGAGGACCUGUGUUUUGAAGGGUGUUCUCCUUGUUCGCCUCUUGUAUCUUCCUCUAACUUGUGUAGGGUUUUGGACCCAGUAAGGGCUGGGAAUGUGUUACUUCCCACCCCCCUUCUCUCUGGUCUUUGCCCAGGCUGGAUCUGGGUGAAGUGUCACUUUUUAGUGCCUAAAGUCCUAUUGUUCCUCUGUGCCCUAAGAGCACAUUGUUUAUUAGCCAGGGUGGAGCAUUUUUGAUCUUGUUAAACCUCUUUCAGUGGUAAUAAGCAGGUCAGGCUCUAAUUCCUUCUCUUUGAGCUGUCACUUUGAAUGCCAGGAUGAGUCAGGGAGUUCUGGUCUCUUUAGGGUUUGAGAGAGAAUGUCCUGACAAUAUGUGAGCUGUAGGGUCUACCAGGGAAUCCCAUGUGAACCGUCUUGACAGUAAGCACCAAUAUCCAAGCCAGUUGAUCGGUUGCCAGCAUCAUUUCCUCUCAGUGAAGGACCAACUUUAGUCAGGGAAGAAGAUCUAAGCCACUGGAGGGAGUGGAUUUGGCAAAGGUGCAUGUCUUCAGGGUAGGAAAAGACCAGAUGAAGUUUCUGCCCCAGGAGGCCCAAUCCAGGUCAUCAGUUCUCUGGCUGGAGGAGAGAAGCCUUGUUUGGUCUCUGACCUCAGAGAGAUGUGAGACCAUUUGUUAAGAGAAUGAGUCAUCCAGGGCCUUAUCUGAUCUCCUAGAGCCUUUCUGGCACAUUCAUCAUCCUUCUACACUAAUUACUACUUCUCCAUAUCCUGAUAAAAGGAGUCUUGCCAGCCCCACGCAGAGCCAGUAGAGACUGUUGAUCAGGAAAAGAUCAUAGCCAGUUUGAAAAGAACUCUUCAAGCUUGCUUGCUCUUCUCCUGGGGCCUCUUGAUGCAGGGGGCAGAAGGAAAGUCCCAGAACAUCAGCACAAGGGAAGGACGAUUUUAUCACUCAUCUACCCCAAAGUAUAGCAAGUUGUGUUCUUCCCUUGCUUCCCUUGGAGUAGCCUGAUCACCCACUUUGACAAUUGAAGUUUUUUUUUUUUUUUUACUUUUUAAUCUCUAGGAUAUGGCCUUUGUAUUGUCAAGGAUGAGAAGACAGCAAGAUACAUGGCCAAAACAUCCCCCUGGGGAUUAGGAUGAGAAGGUUCCAGGUGGCCAGCUAGCACUGAUAACCUUCUCCUAGGAAAUGAGAUGUGAGCAAAUGGAAUUAAAUAUAACCCCUGGAAGGGCUGCAUAUGCCUACAGGCCAGUCUGUUCUUGUCCAGGGCUUUGAGUGAGAGACCCUGAUGAGGGUCGAGGCUCGUGGGACUUGAGCCAGUUAAGGAGGAGAUGUAUGCAGACUGGCAAGAAAUUUCCCCCUUGAAUUAGGCAGUUGUUGUUGCUUGCCGUAGCCAGAGGCCAUUAUUAUUCCCAGAAACUUCUGAAAGCAAAGAUGAUAAACCCCCUAAUUUAUUUCAUACGUAUUUAUUUAAAUGAUUAAAUCUUGAAGGUCCCACGGUGGGACUUUUGGGAUGGCUUAGAAGAGGCUCUUUGCUGGGAGUAGAGCAAUAAGAGACCUGGCUGCAGCGUUGUUCUGCUUUUGCUUUACCUCUCAGGACCAUUCAGGGGAGAUGUCAAUACUUAGCAUAUCAGAGGAACCCUCAUGUUUUCUGGUGAUUUGAACCCAGAAGGCAGCGGGUGCACAUAGAGAAUGGCCCUCAGCCUGCCUCAUAUUUAAGGAUCAGGGAUCUCUUAUGGGCUUUCUUUGCUCUAUUAAUUUUUUUACUCCCAAGCCGGGAAAAAACCAACAGCUCUUUUUACUCCCAAACAAAAGCUUUUCACCCUUAUCCACUAACCUGUGAAAGAGAAGGGAGCUCACCCUUGCAGGUAAGUCUGGGAGUAGAAUAAAUAAAUAACAUUGUAGUUAUGGCCAGUAGCCCAGGCUAGUAGCUGUCUGCAAGAGAGCACAAGUACCGCCACAUCUUAAGUUACUUCUUCCAGCCAGAGCAUUUUCAUCGUUGUUGUUCAGGUAAGAAUUCUGUACUUUCUGCCAGGAGCCACAUGGUAAAGCUUUUGAGAGCUUGUACCCUCUUUCAAAGAACUUGCAGUUUCUAACCAGGUAAAGAACAGUUAGAGGGUCUAAACUUCCAGCCCAGCAUACUGUGGAGGAACUGGUAAGAUUGGCCUCAGAGACGUCAGUCAUGUCUGCACUUCUCCCUCCUCCACCUCCCUCCCCAGGCCAUUGGGAUAGCAUCCUAGGCCAGCAAGAUCAGCAACUUGAAGCUCCAUAGGAGCACUGGGCUGAGUCAGGAGAUCUGGUUUUGCGUCCUGCCUUUGCCAUUGACUAGCUGUGUGACCUUGAAUAAGUCACUCCCCCAGUCUGAGUUUCAGUGGUCUCAUCUGUAACAUUGAUUACCGGCUUCAGGCUAGAUUAUUUCUAAGGUAGGUUCUAGCUUUGGCAUUGUCUUAGGGAGGCUAGGUCAGAGGCUGGCAAGACUGGGCUUUCUCAGACUUGGAAAGGGUCCUGCCAAGAGGGAACAAGCCUUCUGGGCUAGAGACUCACUGGGCAGUGUCUGGGUUCCCAGGAAAUCCAGGGUAGAUAAACUUUCUUCUUGAUGGGCUAGCAGGGCUAGGGAAGCCCAGUGAGAGAGAGAGAAAGAGCCCAGUAUUAACCUAGGAGGGUGUUUCUUCCUCCUUUGGCCUAGUCUUAGUUUAAGGGACCUGCCUUUGGACUUUCUCUAAGCGAGGAGAAGGAGGAUAAUGGCAAGAAGAACACCAUCUUCAAUACAACCCAUCUUUGUCUCUAGGCUAUGAAGUCUUUCAUCUAUCCAUCCUUCCUCCUCCUUUCUAGAGGAAACAGCAGAGAGAAACCAUUUUCAGUUCUAGCACUGCUCUUUUGGCUCAGCCAGAAUCCUCUUGGGGUUUGGAUUAGGUGUGAAGCUUUUGCUAAAACCCCCAGGUUGCCUUAGAGCACUGGCACUAAGAGAACCUGGGAUUACAGGGAGUGGGGAGGACUGAGAGACCUCAAGAGGAAUGCUUCGUUGGAAGGAAAUUCUCUGCAUGCCCCACCCCGACCCAGGCCUUAGAGUGCUCCCAUUACAUCCUGCAGGCAGCAUCUCUAGGGGGAGAUUAUGGGGAAACCACUAGAGGAAGAAUCUUUCUGGGCUCUUGGUGGUCCCAAAGGGUCCUUUCUCUGCCAUACCAUGCCGCUUCUUUAGCCCAACAGGGCAGCCAAAACCAGUUUUCCUACUGGAAGAAACAGGACUCCUGUCUUCCCCCAGGUGGCAGGGCUGUGGUCUCCCUCCUUUUACCCCCUACCCCACUGCCCGCUCCAUCCAAUAAGAGACUUGAGAAUCUCUCUUCCUGACUCUCCCCGCCCCACCCCUUGUCGCUAGGCUGUGGGACAAUCAUCACAUUUACCUCUUGACAUCCUCGACCCUCGCCCACCAACCCCCAGCAGGCUGGCACCACUCCCCGCCACCUCUAUGUUUUCUUCCAGAAGAUGGGUUUUGAGUCCUAGGGGAUCGGUUUUCUGGAAGGCCAUCUUUUAACGCCUCUGCCUUCUGAUGUGGAGGCAGAAAUUUGCACACGGUGUAGAGAGCUCCCCUUCCCACCUCUCUGCCCAGCCUUGUUACCUCACUCCUGCUCCGGCCAUGGCUGUGAUGGGCCCAGACAGCUCCCUGUUAUGGUAUUUUGACAGCUCAGGGGUCUUGGGCAUUGCUUUCUAUUGUGACUCGAGGUCCUCAGCAGGCCUGGGAGCCCAGAUGGAGCCUUGGCUGCUGGUGAGAAGCACCUCGCCUGCCAAGAGGAGCUGAUGCCAGAAGAUCUUCCCCCGAUGUGAAGGCCUAAAGAACAUUGUCAUUUCUGCCCUUUGACCCUCCUUGCUUCUCUCAAUACAAUGAGACACAUUGCAGAAACAAAAUGGUGGCCUCUGCUCCAGACAAGACAGCUGGCUCUGUCUGGGAAGUUGGCCUUGGGCUGGGGGGCCAUGUGCUAAAUAGUAAAUGCAACCAUUUUUGCCAACAACAGUGUGUGGCUCCCCAUGUUUCCUUACCCUGCACUCUAGAGCCAGACCACUCUCUGCAUGGACCAGACCAUCUUCCCAAACCCACGGUGCUUCCCCCCCCAACUCAACCUGAACUCCCAAGGUGGAGAGGGAUGGGUCAGAGGCCACUGUGGCCCCUGGAUAAUCCUGACAUGGGGUAGAGUGGGGUGAGGCAGAGGGAACAGCCCCCACCACUUGCACUGGGCCAUAUGUGGGGAAGAACACAGGUUGACUGCAGUCGAGUUGUCUGGCCGUCUGGAUCUAUCACUGUACUUUGCCUGGCGCUGUGCGCAAGGUCUGAAAACUUACUGCUAGUACCUAGAAACAUACAAGGCUACCCAGCCAAAUCUUAAUGUAAAGUAGCUAGAGCCAUGGAAGUACAGUAUGAAUUAAAAGACAAAAAAAGUAUUGAACUACAAAUAAUAAAUGGUGUGUGUGUUUAUUGCUCGAUUCAUUAGUGCCCAUCACUCCCAGAUGUUUCUGGUCUUCCCAUAUGUGAUCACAGCAAGUCCUGAAGGUGUGCUGAGGUAUGCACGCCCAUGCACGUACUCACAGACAUCCACCAACAUCUAGGACAACCUUCUAAGGGGAGGGAGACAGCCUGAUAAAGUGGAGGUGAUAGGAAGUUUUGAAAUCAGUGCUGAGUACAAGUGACAGCAUCACUGUUUACUGGCUGUGUGGCAUCGGGCCAAUCCAUCACUGCAAGCUUAAAAGUUUUAGAAAUAAUGUAAAUAAAUAAAUGUAUAUAUCGUGUGUGUGUGUGUGUGUGUGUGGCUGGUACUGCACUAAGAUAAUUUUUUUAAUUAAUUUCUUUUUAGUUAGUACUAUCAUUAUUAUGGAGUCCCUGGGUGGCCCAAACGGUUAAGCACUCAGCCACUAACUGAAAGGUUGGUGGUUCGAGUCCUCGCAGAAGUGCUUCAGAAGAAAGCCUUGGCAAUUUACUUCUGAAAAAUCACCCAUUGAAAACCCUAUGGAGCACAGUUCAACUCUGACACACAUGGAGCUGCUUUGAGUUGGAAUCAACCCAGUGGCAACUUUUUUUUUAAUUGCUGUUAUAGGAGAUCCACCACUUGUCUUGUCAGUUUGUCAUACUGUGGUGGCUUGUGUGUUGCUGUGAUGCUGGAAGAUAUGCCACCGGUAUUUCAAAUACCAGCAGUGUCACCCAUAUUGGACAGGCUUCAGGGGAGCUUCCAGACCAAGACAGACCAGGAAGAAGGACCUGGGAGUCUACUUCUGAAAAAUUGGCCGGUGAAAACGUUAUGAAUGGCAGCAGAAUGUUGUCCGAUAUAAUGCUGGAAGACAAGCCCCUCAGGUUGGAAGGCACUUAAUACAACUAGGGACAAACUGCCUCCGCAAAGUAGAGUCAACCUUAAUGACAUGAACAAAGUCAAGCUUUCAGGACCUCAUUUGUUGAUGUGGCAUGCUCAAAAUGAGAAGAAACUGCUGCAAACGUCUGUCAAUAAUUGGAAGUAGAAUAUAUGAAGUAUGAGUCUAGGAAGAUUGAAAGUCGUCAAAAAUGAAAUGGAACGUAUAAAGAUCAGUAUCCUAGGCAUUAGUGAGCUGAAAUGGACUGACUGGUAUUGGCAAUUUUGAAUCAGACAAUCACAUGGCCUGCUAUGCCCGGAAUGACAGCUUGAAGGGGAAUAGUGUCAUGUUCAUCGUCAAAAAGAACAUUUCACAAUCUAUCCUGAAAUACAAAGCUGUCAGUAAUAGGAUAAUAUCCAUAUGCUUGCAAGGAAGAAUAUUCAAAUUUAUGAACCAACCACUAAGGCCAAAGAUGAUGAAAUUGAAGACUUUUACUAACUUCUGCAAUCUGAAAUUGAUCAAGCAUGCAAUCAAAAUGCAUUGAUAACUACUGGUGAUUGGGAUGUGAAAGUUGGAGAUAAGGAAGGGAUCGGUAGUUAGAAAAUAUGGCCUUGGUGACAGAAAAAUGCCAGAGAUAGCUUUGCAAGGCCAGUGACUUAUUCAUUACAAAUACCUUUUUUUCAGCAACAUAAAUGGCGGCUAUACAUAUCUGACUCGCCAGAUGGAAUACACAUGAAUCAAAUUGACUACAUCUGUGGAAAGAAACAGUGGAGAAGAUCAAUAUGAUCAGUCUGAACAAGACCAAGGGCCAACUGCAGAACAGACCAUCAAUUGCUCAUAUGCAAGUUCAAACUGAGACUGAAGAAAAUUAAAACAAGUUCAUAAGAGCCAAAGUAUGACCUUGAGUAUAUCCCACCUGAAUUUAGAGACCAUUUCAAGAACAGAUUUUUUUUUAAUUGUGCUUGAGGUGAAAGUUUAUAGCUGAAGUUAAUUUCUCAUACAAAAAUUUAUGCACAUGUUAUGUGACCCUGGUUGCAAUCCCUAUAAUGUGACUCCCCCUUUCCACCCUGGGUUACCUGUGUUCAUUCAACCAGCUCCUCUCCCUUUCUGCCUUUUCAUCCUGCCUCUGGAUAGGAGCUGCCUACUUAGUCUGGUGUAGCUACUUGAACUAAGAAGCACGCUGUUCACCAGUAUUAUCUUAUGUUUUAUAGUCCGGUUUAACCUUUGUCUGAAGAGUUGGCUUCGGGAAUGAUUUUAGUUUUGGGUUAACAGAGAGUCUGGGGGCCAUGUCUUCUGGGGUUCCUCUAGUCUGUCAGACCAUUAAGUCUGGUCUUUUUACGUGAAUUUGAGUUUUGCACCACACUUUUCUCCUGUUGUGUCAGGGACUCUCUGUUGUGUUCCCUGGUCUUUGGUGGUAGCCGGGCACCAUGUAGUUCUUCUGGUUUUGGGCUGAUGGAUCCUCUGGUUUAUGUGGCCAGUUUGUCUCUUGGGCUAAUAUUUUCCUUGUGUCUUUGGUGUUCUUCAUUCUCCUUUGUUCCAGGUGGGAUGAGAUGGCAGCUUGCAAGCUUUUAAGACCCCAGACACCACUUACCAAUGUGGGAUGCAGAACAUUUUCUUAAUAAACUUUGUUAUGCCAGUUGACCUAGAUGUCUCCCAAAACCAUGGUCCCCAGACCCCUGCCGCUGCUACUCUGUCCCUUGAAGUGUUUGGUUGUGUUCAGGAAACUUCUUAGCUUUUGGUUUAGUCCAGUUGUGCUGGCUUCCUCGGUAUUGUGUGUUGUCCUUCCUUUCACCUUUAUGAAUAGCUUUGAUGCACUGAACACUAGUGGUCAAAAACCAGAGAAGUUGUGUGAUGAAUCAAGGGCAUCAUACAUGAAGAAAGCAAGAGAUCAUUAAAAAGACAGGAAAGAAAGAUGAAAAUGGAUGUCAGAAGAGACUCUGAAACUUGCUCCUGAACAUAGAGUAGCUAAAGCUAAUGGAAGAAAUGAUGAAGAAAGAGAGCUGAACAUAAGAUUUCAAAUGGAAGCCAGAAAAGACAAAUUAUUACAAUACUUAGACCUGGAGUUAGAAAACAAAAAUGGAAGAACACGCUCAGCAUUUCUCAAGCUGAAAGAAAUGAAGAAAAAAUUCAAGCCUCAAGUUGCAGUAUUGAAGGAUUCUGUGGGCAAAAUAUUGAAUGACACAGGAAGCAUCCAAAGAAGAUGGAAGGAAUACACAGAGCCACUGUACCAAAGAGAAUUGGUCAAUCAUCAGCCAUUUCUAGAGGCUGCAUAUGAUCAAGGACCGAUUGUAUUGAUGGAAGAACUCCAAGCUGCACUGAAGGCAUUAGCAUAAAAUAAGGUUCCAGGAAUUGACAGAAUACCAGUUGAGAUGUUUCAGCAAAUGGAUGCAGCAUUGGAGGUGCUCACUCGUCUAUGCCAAGAAAUUUGGAAGACAGCUACCUGGCCAACCAACUGGAAGAGAUCCAUAUUUGUGCCCAUUCCAAAGAAAGGUGAUCCAACAGAAUGGGGAAAUUAGUGAAUAAAAUUUGCUGAAGAUCAUUCCAAAGCGGUUGCAGCAGUACACCGCCAGGAAACUGCCAGAAAUUCAAGCUGGAUUCAGGAGAGGGUGUGAAACGAGGAAUAUCAUUGCUGAUGUCAGAUGGAUACUGGCUGAAAACAGAGAAUACCGGAAAGUUGUUUACCUGUGUUUUAUUGACUAUGCAAAGGCAUUUGACUGGAUCAUAACUAAUUAUGUAUAAUACUGUGAAGAAUGGGAAUUUCAGAACACUUAAUUGUGCUCAUGAGGACCUGUACAUAGACCAAGAGGCAGUAGUUCAAAUGGAAUAAAGGGAUAAUAUGUGCUUUUAAAUCAGACAGGGGUGUGUCAGGGUUGUAUCCUUUCAGCAUACUUAUUCAAUCUGUAUGCUGAGCAAGUAAUCCGAGAUACUGGACUAUAUGAGGAAGAACCAGGGCAUCAGGAUUAGAGGAAGACUCGUUAACAACCUGUGAUAUGCAGAUAACACAACCUUGUUUGCAGAAAAUGAAGAGGACUUGAAGUUCAAAGACUACUGAUGUUCAAAGACUACAGCAUUCGGUAUGGAUUACACCUCAACAUAAAACAAAAAUCCUCACAACUGGACCAGUAAGCAACAUCGUGAUAAAUAGAGAAAAGAUUGAAGUUGUCAGGGAUUUCAUUUUGCUUGGAACCACAGUCAACACCCAUGGAAACGGCAGUCAAGAAAUCAAACAACGUAUUGCGUUGGGCAGAUGUGCAAAAUUAAAAAGCAAAGAUGUCACCUUGAGGACUAAGGUGUGCCUGACCCAAGCUGUGGUAUUUUCAGUCACCUCAUAUGCAUGUGAAAACUGGACAAUGAAUAAGCAAGACUGAAGAAGAAUUGACGCCUUUAAAUUACGUUGGCAAGAAUGUUGAAUAUGGACUACCAAAAGAAGGAACAAAUCUGUCUUGGAAGUACAGACAGAAUGCACCUUAGAGGUGAGGAUGGCAAGACUUUGUCUCACAUACUUUCAAUAUGUUAUCAGGAGGGACCAGUCCCUGGUGAAGGACAUCAUGCUUGGUAAAGUGAAGGUCAUCAAAAGAGUGGAAGAGCCUCAACAAAGAUGGAUUGACGCAGUGACUACAAUGAUGGGUUCACAUAGCAAUAUUGUGAGGGUGGCACAGGACCGAGCAGUGUUUUGUUCUGUUGUACAUAGCGUUACUGUGAGUCGUAACCGACUCAGUGGCACCUGACAACAACAGUUAUAGGAGACUGUGGUGGAAUAUGAAUCCAGGUGACAAUUUCUUGUUGAACUUUUCCCUUUUGGGGCCUUUGGAGACAGCUUUGCCUUAUUGCUAUUCGAUACCUAAACUGGUGGUUCUGGAUCCAGUUUGGCUCCUCCCUUCAUUAAGUUUUCCUAGCAAUUAAUUCCUUGCCACCUGAUGAGGAAACUUGUCUGUUGUCAGGCAGGUGAACAGAAGUGCCACCUGUUGGACCCUUGUAUUCUUUUCACUGGGGGAGGGGAAAGUGUGUAUCACACUUUUAGCAUAUGCUUAAUAAUAGACUAUUAAUUAUAGUUUUCAUUCUGUGGGUAUAUCACCUACUGUGGGUUCAGGAAUUGAUGCAGGCAAGAGUGGCAGGUGGGAGUGAGUCUGAGACUUAAAAAGCUAUGGAGAAGCCAUUUGUAGUAAAUGGGAGCACAUAGUAGUAUCAGCAGCAGGUGCAUAUAAAUAGUCCAAAACCAGAGCCAACAGUUUUUA